AUGGACUCCCCGCGUUCUUGCGCAUCGGUUCUAUGUCGUUGCGCAAGCUCGACAUUGUAUGCAACCAAGGGCUCCAGCACUAUAACAAGUGUCGCGAAUGCAUCUUCCAACGAAUGUAACGCCUGCAAGACGAGGCGGGGCUCACGCUUGCCCGCUCCUGCCCACACCUCAUCGAGUUUGGCUCGCUCCGCAAAUGUUCGUCCCGUUGUAGUGGAGGAAGCAAGUUCAGCCCUUUUUUGGAGGAUCUGGGAAACGCUGCUGAAUAUUCGCAUGGCCACGCUCCAACCAUACUAUUUCCGAGGUUCCAGCAUCGAGCCUCGCGUGCUUGAUCGUUUGAAAGCUUUGGAGUCGGUUCGGAUUAAGGAUAUGUUAGAGCAUGCUGCGCUUCUCGGUCCCGUCGUCACGAGCAUAUCAGAUCGAUUCCAACGCAGUGGCGACGAGCCCAGUAUACGCGCGCUUUCAAAAUGCGUCGGAUUAUCUGACUUGCGGCUAAGCUUAAGGCCUGACGACCGCGGCCUUCGUGCGCUCAAUCAUGCAGUGCACUUCAUGCCGGUACUAAAGUACUUGAGUCUCAGAUGGGCUUGUGACCUGCAAGGAACGAAUUUCUUAAAGUGCAGAUAUAUCAAGACAGUUCAAAAUGGGAACAUCAGCACAUAUGUGGCCGUCUUCCCAGAGUUCCAUGUGGAAACGGUUGAGUCAGUCAUGCAGCUUGUGCGACAGACGCCAGCAUUGGAAAGUUUGGAGCUUUUAGAUGUGCGCAUUCCGACAGAAGGGGUUGUCGAUGUCUUGAGGCAUCUUGGAAAUCGGUUGAAGCAUUUCGGAGUCUCUUUGAGCGGACAGGCCGACUCGAGUUUCGAGCGCCUCCAAAUCCUGAUUGCGACGAUUUGUAAAUAUAACUGUAGGUUGGAGUCGGUCUCAUCGGGGCUAUGGGGUACGGCAGCAAAUGCGUUUUCCCUGCAAAAUGUCAAAAGGGUGCAUCUUUCGGAAGCCAAUGUGGGCCUUCUCGAAGAACGGAAAGGAAAGCUGGAUGAAAUGUUGCGGUCCGUGAGCCGGUGGGUCCCGUUUUUGAACCCGAGCAGUCUCAAAAGCUGGUUAGAUGAUGUGUCAUGGAUUGAGGUCAAAUAG